GAGCAGUUGGGGGGUUCGGUGCCUUGCUCAAGGGCACCUCAGUCGUGGUAUUGCCGGCCCGAGUCUCAAACCCACAACCUUAUGGUUAGGAGUCAAACUCUUUAACCAGGCCACGACUUUAUGAGGUCAUGGUUCUGUGAAGGACACUUGAGUUCUUACACAACAACCUUGGCAAAAGGACCAUGCUUUGUGCACAGGGGCAUUGUAAUGCCGGAACAGGUUUGGACCUCUUAGUUGCACUAAAGGGAAAUUAUAAUGCUACACCAUGCAAAUACAUCCUACACAAUAGGCCAACGGAUGGGUGUGAUGGUCCACAUACUUUUGGCCAUGUCGUGUGUUCUGUAAGCAUGUAGUGUGAGUCAUUUUUUGUUAGUGUGCUCUUUGGCAUCUUCUUUUUCAUUUCCUCUUUGCAGGGGACGUCUGUCCAUAUUUGGAACAAAGAGAAAUUAAAGUUUCAAAGGAAAAAGCAGAAGUCGGUUUAAUUUUCACAUUUUAAAGUCACAUUUUUAUGUGAUAUGAAAAUGUAUGGGGAAUUCUAAGGGAAAUCAUUAUUAAUCAAUCUUGAGUUUUAGAAACCUUUUUCUCUAAAGGCAUUUUUUCGGUGUUGUGAGGGUAUCAUACUCUCUGACCAGAAUGAUUAAUUCGAUGGAGUUCAGAGGCCAUUAGGGAUCUCACACAAUAUAUUUUGAUUCCUAAAUCUCCUUACUACUCUCAAGCCCAGGCAACUGCAGCUUGUCUCACAGCUUGCCUCACAACCUCAAAACACAGACUACAUAUUCUCAUUUUGCAUCCUGUUUACAUCACAAACAUGAGGUUGGCAAGGCUCACUGGGACCUGGCAGUGCCAUGUGGGCCUGGCUUCGGCUCAGCCUGGCUUAUUGUUUCCCCAGAGCCGGGAUUUCUCUACCCAGUACUGGGAAAGGGAGGAGAGGGAGACUGAAAUGUCCAGGGGAGCAGGACAUUACAAGGAAGUUUCAUUGGACUCAACCAUUUUUUUUAUUCCCCUGGACAUGAAAAUGACUUUGGAGAGAUUCUGUUUCAGCAAAUUACUGUAUUAGAUAAGUGAAGGACCUGAUGAAGACCCACUUUAUUGGAAGCAUUUGGAGUCUUGGACCAGAAUAUGUUGAAUGCCAUUGUUCUUCCUUGAAGUGACUGAGUUACUGCUAUAUUGGAUGCAGUUGAAAAAGCAGAAUAGGACUAAAUAUGCUUUCUCUUGCCCCAGAGGACUAACUGAAUUGUGCAGAGAUGAAACAGUGAAUAGGAUUGAAAAGCUGUCUUGCUCUGUGAAAAAUACAAGUAGGAAAGAAAAAAAGUUGGAAUUUGUGCCAUCGUUUUCUGUGUGGCCUAGUUGGUCAAUAUGACAAGUUUGUUUCGACGGAGCAGCAAUGGUGGCUCUCGUGGAGGAGGAGGAGCAGGAGCAGGUGGAGGAGGAUCAGGUGGAGGAAGUGGAGGAUCGACCACAGGUGAACUGAACAACAGUAGGCCUAACCGACAGGUGCGGCGGCUGGAGUUCAACCAGGCCAUGGAAGACUUUAAAACCAUGUUUCCCAGCAUGGACUAUGAGGUUAUCGAGUGUGUGCUACGCUCCAACAACGGGGCUGUAGAUGCAACCAUUGACCAGCUUCUUCAGAUGAGCAUUGAUGACAAUGCAUCAGAUGACAGCUCAGACUCUGAUGACAGCAUCCCACCUGAGAUUCUGGAGAGGACCCUCGAACCAGACAGCUCAGAUGAAGAGCCACCUCCAGUCUACUCUCCACCCACAUAUGACAUGCACAUAUUUGACAGGAAAUAUCCAAAUGCCCCACCCACUCCUCCCCCCAGGUUUGAAGUGCAGCCUUCAGUGGGACAGCAGCACACGCAGAGUUACAGGAACUGGAACCCGCCUUUACUCGGAAACCUGCCUGAUGACUUCCUUCGAAUCUUACCCCAGCAGUCAGAUAGUAUACAGAGCUCUCAAAGCAGUAUUCGUAACCCCUCAUCCUCCCUGGCAUCACUCCCUGAGCAGGCUGCCUGUGCUGCUGGAGCAUCUGAACAGGAACGCAAACUCAAACAAUAUCUGGAAGAUGAGCGUAUCGCUCUUUUCCUUCAGAACGAAGAGUUCAUGAAGGAGCUGCAGCGCAAUCGCGAGUUUCUCGUUGCACUGGAACGAGAUCGCCUGAAAUACGAAUCCAAGAAAUCUAAGUCAGCUUCUAACUCUACAGGUGAACAGUAUAUUCCUGGAUCCUUUGAGGCAUGCACAGUGGUGUCAGAUGAGGCCCUGUUCAGAGACAAACUGAAGCACAUGGGAAAAUCAACCAGGAAAAAACUGUUUGAGAUUGCCAGAGGGUUUUCAGAGAAGACAAAACGAAGAAAGACCAAAAGAAGGACACUCCUGAGACAUCAUUCACUGGGCACUGCAAACUCCACUGCAAAUUUGCUGGAUGAUGUGGAAGGAAACCCCUGCGAGGAAGAGAGUCAGCUCAGAAGAUUGGCCAUGCAGGAAGAGGAGCGGCCCCAACGGGAAGCACUUUCAUGAUCACUGCUCUCACCUGUUGCAUUUAAAGUAUUUGUGGUGAAAGCAGAGUAAACCAUGGCAGACUACCUCUCUGUCUGUUUGGUUCAAUGAUAAUGGUGCGAGCCACUCCGCCCCAGCUCCACGCUCACAGGUUUCCCUCAUCACAUGAAGGGACUAGAAUUCAAAAGCAGCAUUGUAACAAGUCUGAAUGUUAUAUGCAAUAUUAUUAACUGUAUAAUAACUGUGUUAAUAUAUGAUUUCAUAUGUAAAGCUGAACGAUACAGUAUUACAUUUCUGUCUUCCCUGUUUAAUGGUUAAAAAAAAAUCUCAAUUUGUGCUACUUUAGAUGUAUUCUUCAUUUGAUUAUUUAUGGUUUAAGAAGAAUUUGGCUUGUUACAUAUAAUUUUUAUAUCUUUGCAAAAUAUUUAUGCAAAAAUAUUUAUAUUUCUUCCAACAUAUAGGUUGACCACACUGAUGGUUAUGUAACAUUGGAAAGUUUAUGUUGUCCAAAAAUCCAAUCGAAUUAUACAAAAUUUGCCACAUUUUUGCUUAUGUAAUCCAUUUGUAAAAAAAAAAAAAAAAAAAACACCAAAAUGCCUAGUUAAAUGUGUACUAGGUGUACUAGUAUUAGGUUUGAAAUGUUUUUUGAUGCUCAUGAUGAUUCAGAACAAAUGGCAAGUUCAGCCUCUGUCCAAGUGUCCUUUUAUCCAGAAGACAUGAUUUUCUACAGAUUCUCUACACAUUCAGAGAUGAAGCAUUUUCUUGCGUAGCCAAAUGAUACUGUUACAAUGCUUAAAUAAUUAUUAUUGUCAAAACAUGUCUGUUAUUCGCAUUGUACAUGGGAAAGGGCAAUAAUCUGUGAAUGGACUUCUAAUUCUACUUGCACUGCCACUCGCAUUUCAUAAUCCUGUUAAGAUACGUUUGUAGUUUUCCUUCGGGAAAGCUAACAUUUAAAAAGCCAGUAUUAAUUUGACUCUAGCCAUUAAUACUUUUUCUUUCUGUUGUAUUUGGAUUUACCUGAAAAAUAUGUUGGAAUACAAGGAACAAGGUGAAAGAUGUUAGUUUACUGUGGUGUUGAUAUUUGACAAGAUGAUUUAAUUUUGUUUCAAGCAAUGUGAUUUUAUUGUAAGGGGAGAUUAUGAGAAUGUCAUCUAGUUUGUAUUUUAUUAGAAGCUAGCAUAGCAGAUACUCUGUGUUUUUUAUCACUGGGUUUCUGUGAGUAGAGUCACAGGAAUACUUUAAAUUGUAAUUUAGUGUUAUUAUGCAAUUGAUUCUUAGUAAAUGUUACAAAGUAUUAUUGGGUUUUUGAGCAGAGAACAUUUUUAUAAAUACCUUUUGGACCUUCAUUUUGUUAUUACUGGUUCUAGAUAGCAGGUUUUCAUUCAUGAGAUACAAGUUGAUAUAAAACAUAAAUCAUACGAACAGAAAUCCUAUGUGAUGCUCAAGAUGUGAAAAUAUCCAAUCCAAUACUGAUCAUUGAAAUGGGGUGGGACACUGUCAUCUGAAUAUUGUAGUUUUCUUUUGACGUGUUCAAAAAAAUUUAAUUAUAUACAUUUAUUUAUACAGUCUUUUAAAAACAGACUACCUUGAUAUAUACUUGUUAUACUUGUAUGGUCAUAAAUACAGUUCAUCCGCCAUAUGAUCGGUGCACACUAACAUAUUUAAUCUCUCAGGGAACUUGUUCUCAUUUUACAAUUUUGGUACAAGCACAGUUUCAAUAAACAUGGAAAUAAAUAGUAAAAAAAACAAAACAGUUUGAAAGCUUAAUGUAGCACUGUCAGAUAUGCUUCAUAACGCAAUAAAAACUGUUGAUCUAACCAAAAGAUUGUUUAAAAAUUUGUCAGUAUUUGAGGAUUCAUUUGAUUUCUUAGAGGUUAUUUUCUUUUCCUUUCAGUAUGUUAGUAUGUCCUUGAGUUCAUGUCUAGAUUCUCACCAAAGUUACAUUUGGUCUUCAUAAAGGUUGAUGUUUGGUUGAAUUUACUUUAUAGGUGGUGAAAGUUGUGAAGUAAUGAAUAUUUUCUUAAUGUUAAUCUGGGUUAGUAAAUUGACUUUGCAACAUGAAGUGAUUAUUAUUAUUAUUAUUAUGGAAGAUUGUCAUUUUUAAUUCUAGGACUAUGACUGUAUUUGCACCACUAAUAAAUGUAAUGAUUCUAUAACCCCUCUUACUCUCAACACUGUCUCCAGACAGAAUGUUUUCUUACAGUCCUGUUACGCUUAUUAUUUAAAAUGAAUAAAAUUGUUAUGUUGC